UGCCACUAUUAAUGUUUCAAAGAAACCCUGAAUCAGUUUCCUUCCCGACAGAAUCAUAUAAUACACCGUCUGGCUCUAAAAAGAUUCGCGCUAAAGGGAAAAUCCACGUUUUUUAAAAUAACGGUCUAUAUUUAAGUGCCAGUAUCUAACUCAUCUCUUCAUUAAACAGUGUCAGUGCUUCUAACGUAUAGUGUGUUUAUUUUAGCAACGUUCAAAAGGGUAUGAUUUAAAUCGUUAUGGGUAGCUUGUUAAAACAAUUACAAACUGGAAACAUACACAAAAUCCGGGAAUUUGAACUAGAAAAGGUAAAUCUUGCUGAUGAAUUCGACAUCUUGCAAAUUGUAGGGGAAGGUUGGUUCGGCAAAAUUCUUCUGGUAGAACAUAAAGCUACGGACACAGAAAUGGUACUUAAAGCUCUUCCUAAGCCAUACACGGCCAUUAAGGAUUUUUAUAGAGAAUUUCAUUAUGGACUGCACUUGGGAGUCCACAAGAACAUUAUCACAGCAUAUGAUGUGGCUUUUGAAACGGCUGGAUUCUAUGUUUUUUCUCAAGAAUAUGCUCCAUUAGGCGAUUUGACUUCAAAUGUCUCUGAAAUCGGUAUAGGAGAGCUGCACACGAAAAGAGUAGCCAAACAGCUAGCAGCUGCCUUGGAUCACAUGCAUGCACGAGACCUUGUGCAUCGUGACGUCAAGUUAGACAACAUUCUAGUAUUCAAAUCGGAUUUUUCUAGAAUUAAGCUGUGUGACUUUGGCGAGACUCGUCUAUCAGGAACUGUAGUACUCAGAAGAAACGAAUGGUUGCCGUACGCUGCGCCGGAAGUCCUUUUGGUGCCAACGGACGGUACCUACACAGCCAAGACUUCCCACGAUGUGUGGCAGUUCGGCAUAGUAAUAUUCGUAUGUCUCACUGGCUGUUUGCCAUGGCAAAAGGCUGCUAUGGAUGAUCCCCGUUACGUCCGUUAUCUUUCCUGGCAGAACUCCAACAUACCUCUGAAGAGACAACCUAAAAUGUUCAAAUUGGUUUCGUCCAAAGCACAAAGACUGUUUAAAAAGUACUUGGAGCCAAGGGCAGAGAAAAGACCAGCAGGUCUAGCGGAGGUACAUAGGUUUUUGGAAGAUAGAUGGAUGUCAAAGGGUAUGGAGAAGACGAAUGAGGCAUUAAAGGAAGACGAUGGCCUCUGUCCUUCAAUGUACAGCUUCCAUAGCAGCCCCGAAGAAAAACACCGACUGCUCUUCUCCCUCACUCAAUACGGACUCGAAACAACAGUGGACAGAGUAGCGAAGAAAAACAGAAUCAGAGAGUGGAUCCAAAACAGCAUAAUUGAAGAAGACGAAGAACCAAUAGAAGAAUUAGACGAAGAAGAUAUCAAAAUACAAGACAAUCAAAACGGACCGCUCGGGGAAAGAGGUUCCAUGACCGAAAGAAAGAUAAAAGAUAUCAAAAAGCACCACAAGAGACACCAUCGACACCACAAGCCUAAAGAAGAAACGCCUUACAAACCACCAGUGGAUCCUAGAAUUCCUCUAGAACACCAAAAAGUAUCCAGGAUUUCAGAAGAUGGCCAAGAAAUGGAACGAAGAAGUCUGGCCCAGUCUCCGAGCUUAAGGGAGGUCAGAGUUCCGAAUUCUUUAACUUCUUCUGAAAGCGCGUUCAGUAGUGAAUCUAGUUUAACUGUUAGACACAAAAUCAAUGUACAGAUUCCUCAAACCUGACAUGACUUUGGAUAGAAGUAUGUCCUAGCUCUAUUUGAAAAUAUUGAAAUGUACCUGAGUACAAGAAUAUCAUCCACUUGGUUAACUUAUGAACUGAAAUGGUUUCGUACCGAAGAAUGUAGAUUUGUUAUUCCAGGUUUACAGCAACAUGAUCGUUAUUAUAAUUCCCAUUCCUAAUUAUUUUAGUGACUACAGUCAUUCUUAAUUGUUUCACAUGCGUGUUUUCUUACGCUUUUACUGGCCAACGUUGAAUAAAACUUUAAAAAACGUUUUUAUUAAAAAACUCUUUUAAUUUUUUGUUAUUGGUCUUGACACUCUUGAGAUAUAUGUUGUUUGAAUUCUCU